AUGGCAAAACACAAAAACGAGAAUUUCAACAAAAAGAAAAAGAAUAAUCAUGAUAUUAAAACACCCAAACAGAAACGCUACUUUGAAGUGAAUAAAGAUGAGACCACGCAAAAGAAAGAUCAGAAAGCGGAAAACAUAGAGGUAUUUAACGUAAAAAUUACAAGACGAAUGCUGAAGGCUCAAGAGUACAAAAAAGGUGGCAAAUUUUAUAAAGGCAAAGUAAACAAAACACAAGGGAAAGUAACAAAAAAAUAUCCUGGCAAAGCAACUAUAGAUCCUACAGUUCUAGAGCAAUAUUCUCGUGGUGAAGGCAUUGACAAAAAUGGUGUAAAACAUCCAUUAUAUGCAGUAAAAUUGAAAAAAAAAGAGCAUAAAAUUAACUUUGCUCAAGAACAGGCUGCUAGGGCUGAGAUAUUAUUGACUGAAAACCAGGGUGGCAUUGAAGUUGGUGAUGAUGAGAAGACCACAGCAAUAUCCCAGAGAAUAAUAAAAGAAAAUGUCGACAUUGCUGCAGCUACCAAAAUAUUUGAAUUGCAACUCAACUUUGGUCCAUACAGAGUUAAAUAUUCAAAUAAUGGCAGGCAUUUGCUCUUGGGAGGCAAACAGGGACAUUUGGCUGCUCUUGACUGGGUUACAAAGAAAUUACACUGUGAAAUCAAUGUUAUGGAGUCUAUUCAUGAUAUUAGCUGGCUACAUGUAGAAACAAUGAUGGCAGUAGCCCAAAAAGAGUGGCUCCACAUUUAUGAUAACACAGGGACUGAAUUGCAUUGUGUAAAAAGAAUGGACAAGAUUUUGAGAAUGGAAUUUUUGCCAUACCAUUUUUUGUUGGCUGGUGUGAAUGAAUACGGUUUUAUGACAUGGCUUGACAUUUCCAUUGGUGAAAUAGUAGGGCACUACAACAAUCAUUUAGGAAGAACAUCAGUAAUGGCCCAAAACCCCUACAAUGCCACAAUUUGCUUGGGCAAUUCCAAAGGAGUGGUCUCUUUGUGGUCACCGACUGUCAGGGAACCUUUAGCGAAAAUUCUGUGCCACAAAACACCAUUGACUGCCAUUUCUGUUGAUAGUAGAGGAAUGUACAUGGCAACAUCAGGUGUAGACAGAAGCCUCAAAAUUUGGGACAUCAGAAAUCUCGAUGGACCUCUACAACAUUACAAAUUAAGAACAGCCCCACAAGAUUUGGAAUUCUCACAGAAAGAUAUGCUUGCUGUUGGCCUCGGAGAAGUUGUAGAGAUAUACAAUAACUGUUGUACACAGACUACAGAAAAGCCUUACUUGAGGCAUAGAAUGGCAAAAAGUAUAAACAACUUUAAAUUCUGCCCAUAUGAAGACGUUCUAGGCGUCGGCACUAGCAGUGGAUUCACUAGUAUUAUUGUGCCAGGAAGUGGAGAACCCAACUUUGAUGCUUUGGAAAGUAAUCCAUUCCAGACCAAGAGCCAAAGAAGGGAAGCAGAAGUCAAGGCUCUCCUCGAGAAAAUUCCUCCUGAACUUAUUACACUCAAUCCAUUUGAAAUAACUGAAGUCGACGUGCCGUCUUUGAAGGAACAGAUGGAGGCUAAGAAGAAACUUUUGUAUCUCAAACCAAAGAUAGUGGACUUAACGCCUAGACACAAAAACAAGGGCAAAACACAUAUAGCAAGGAAGAAAAUUAUAAAGGAGCAAGCUAGAAAGGAGUUCAUUGAACAAUCAAUAGAAGCAAAGAAAUUACUAGAUGUGGAAGAAAAGAAACCGAGAAUGCCAAAAGAGUCUUUUGGAGUCCUUGAUAGAUUUAUAUCCAAUCCUAAGUCUAAGAAUUAAAUUACUAU